AUGCGUGAAAUCGUACAUAUGCAAGCUGGUCAAUGUGGUAACCAAAUUGGUGCCAAAUUUUGGGAAGUCAUCUCAGAUGAACACGGUAUUGAUCCAACUGGUACAUACCAUGGUGAUUCUGAUCUCCAACUCGAACGUAUUAAUGUUUAUUACAAUGAAGCUGCUGGUANCAGCUGUAACAGCACAGCUAUUCAAGAACUCUUCAAACGUGUUUCGGAACAAUUCACAGCUAUGUUCCGACGAAAGGCCUUUCUUCACUGGUAUACUGGUGAAGGCAUGGACGAAAUGGAAUUUACUGAAGCUGAAUCUAACAUGAACGAUCUGGUCAGUGAAUAUCAACAAUACCAAGAUGCUACAGCUGAAGAAGAAGGCGAAGGUGGUGAAGAAGAAGGCGAACAAGAAGGUGCCUAA